AAUUCAGCUUCAGAAACACUCUUUCAUCAACCUGUCUCAACCUCUGUCCGCUUCAUAAGCACCAGUCUGCUCCGUCGCAUUGCGCAUUCGCAUCCCUAUCAAACAGCUUUACAGCAUAUUGAUAUAGCAUACCACCACCACGAUGAAAAUCACCUCGGUCCUCGUCGCCCUUGCGGCCUUCGCUCCCUUCGCCAUCGCUGGUGACUACGAGGGAACCACCGUGUCCACCUUCUACUCCACCAAGACCGUCUACCUCGUCCACACCGAGACCAAGACCGGCACUCCCCCCGCCUACACCAGCAGCAGCACCUCUAGCUCCUCCAGCUCCAGCUCCACCCCAACCCCGGUCUACUACCCGACUUCCUACGGCACCUCAGUCCCGAGUUUCUCGUCCGUCUCCAACUACACCGUGAGCAGCACCGGCGCGUACUACCCCACUGGCAGCGGCACUGGAUCUCUGCCCAACCCAACCACCACCGGCGCUAUACCCACUUUCACUGGCGCUGCGUCGCAUCUCAGCUCGAAUGCCCUCGUGGCUGCGAUAGCCGCUGGCGUGGGCUACCUCGCUCUGUAACCCUUCGAGUUCCAACGGAUCUUCGAGUGCAUCUACCUCUUCUUCUAUCACGCAUGAACGACGUGUCGGGCAUGCGCCAUUUU